AAUCAACCCAGCUCCAACCCGCAGAUCAACAUGUCUAAUUACCAUCAUACGACGUUUUUAUACAAGGUGGAUCGUAAAUUUAGGUGCCACAUCACUUAUAAAUGAGGAGCCUUUUCUUCCUUGAAAUCAAAAUAAAUAGGAGACACAGGCUUGGAAGGGAACUAGGCUAGAGAGAAAGAAGGGAGUAGCCAAAAUGUCGUCCUUUUUGCAUUCAUUUCUGGAUCCCAAGAAAAGUUGGUUGGCAGCUCUGCACAUGAAAUCCCUUUCCAAGCGCCUCCGCAAAUACGGCCUUCGCUAUGACGAUUUAUACGACCCUUACUAUGAUUUGGAUAUCAAGGAGGCUUUGAACCGGCUGCCCCGUGAGAUCGUCGAUGCCCGUAACCAACGCCUUAAGCGUGCGAUGGACCUCUCGAUGAAGCACGAGUAUCUUCCCGAAAACCUUCAGCAAAUGCAGACACCAUUUAGGAGCUAUCUUCAAGAUAUCCUUGCUCUUGUGAAGAAGGAGAGAGCAGAGCGGGAAGCUUUGGGAGCUUUGCCUCUGUAUCAACGAACCAUUCCUUGAGGUUUUUAGAGUGUAGUAACUGUUGUUGAAAUUCAACUUGGUUUUUUAUGUCAAAUCUUGCUUCGUUAGCACAACUGAACAUGAGUUUUGCCUUUCCUAGUUGGUUGGUUACACAGUGAAUCUGUGUUAGCUUUUGAGGGAAUCAAUCUGUCUGAAAUGUCCUACUAAAUGUAAUAACUGUGAACUGCAUUUUACUUUAUGCUUGUCGCAAUCAUUUUUAUCUUAAAAAAUGAGAAUUUACUUAAAAAUAAAAA